AUGGCCGGCCAGGCGGUCACCUUCACGGUGAUCAACCGUGCCUUCACCCUCGACGCCGCCGUCGUCGGCGCGAAUGGCGCUGUGGUCGUGGGCAACGACCUGCUGCUGCAGCCUGACGCGAGCAGCGCAAUGGCCGCAAUCCGUGUGGUGGCCGGCAGGGGCGUGGACCCCCUGGCCAUCCAGCACAUCCGCAACGCCAACUGCGAGGUCAGCGGCGGCAUCCAGGUGAUGGCCACCGCGGACAACUCCACCGCCAAGUACUUCAUGUACAACUGCAGCGUCGCCGCGGGCAGCCAGCCCAUCGAGAUCAGCUUCAGCGCGAACGACACCCAGGGCGCCUGCAGCGUGACCAAGGAGUUCGAAAUGAACGUCGGCACCGUCCGCCCCUGGUCCCUUGCUGCUCCCCCGCUCUACGAGCUUGACCAGUGCGCCGGGGCCGCGCGCCUCGGCCGUGUGGACAUCCCCAUAACCUUGGACGACAGCAACGGCCUCGAUCUGAGCCCGGGAGACAUGGUGGUCGAUGCCGGCGGCGCCCAGUGCGCGCCGGUGCCGUACAGCGAGCCGAGGUCGACGCACCCCAAGGUGCUGACCUACUCCUGCACCAACCUGAUGGCAGGCAGUUACGCCGUGAACUUCGUGGUCUCUAAGUACCGUGAGCCCCCGGGGGUCAUGAAGGCCUUCCUCCGCGCCGUCGCCCGCCAGAGCUUCAUCUUGAUCCAGAAUGGCUCUGCCAGCGACGCCGUGAUCGACGUCGCGAUCGCAGGCGGGCUGACGGCCGGUGACAUCAUGUCUAGCAACGCGGCCUGCGCCCUGUUGCCCAGCAGUGUGGCCUCGGGCAGCCUCACUUUUGUGUGCAGGCAGCUGCCCCUCGGCGCGACGACAAUCGGCUUCUGGGCCAACAAGACAGGCUGCUCUGCCGCGGACAGCGUUGUUGUUUCCGUCGCGUCGGCCGCCAACCUGGACACGGUCGUGCCCGUCAACCCCUGCGCGGCGUGCGAGCAGUGCAUCAAGACCGCAGCGAGCUUCGCGGCAACCGUCCCCCCCUCCGCCGGCGCCGGCGCCGUCGCCGCGCUCUUCAGCGCGCGCUGCGCCGCCGAGCAGGCCGACCCCGUCGCCUGCGCCCUCGUGGCGCGGGCCAUCGCGGACAGCAACAACGGCAACUUUGGCCGCCGCCCCGCCGCGCUGUGCUAUGCCCUGAAGCAGUGCCUCCCCCAGCUGGGCUGCCGCGUCACGGUCACCAACUCGAGCAACACGGCGCAGAACUACACCGCUGGCCUGGACGCCUGCACGUCCAACGGGGUCGUGUCUGGCCCACCCGCACCCCCAGUCACGGCCCCCUCUGGCUGCGGUGCCGACGCCGACUGCGCCAGCACCGCCGGCACCUACUGCGACACCACCGCCGCCGCCGCUAAGGCCUGCACUUGCGGGGCCCUCGGCUUUGACGCGUGCCAGCUGCGGGGCCAAUGCUCGCCGCUGUGCGCCAAGCGGGACGUGGUCGACUACAUGCGGGCCCAGAACAGCCAGAUGAAGCUGUGUAACACCACAGCACCCACGCCCUGCGUCGACCCCGCCGACACCUGCGCGCCCCUGGCCGCCAAUCCGCGCCUUGCGGCCAAGUGCUUCCUGCUGACCUGCGCCGGCGGCGUCGUCAGCCCCACCCCCUGCGUCGGCUCCGACGGCGUGUGCGUGCCAGCGGAGCGGCUGGCAGUCGCCGCCAAGUUCACGGACGACCGCCGCGCCAUCGUCGUCACCCUCAACGCCCCGGCCAAGGCCGCCAAAUUCACGUGCGACCAGCUGUUCCUCACGUCCCUCACCGCCGCCAAGGCCGGCGGCGCCAAGGCGUUCUGCGAGGCGGCCGGCACGACGCUGACCGUCCGGCUGCCGCCGGUGGCCACGGUCCUGCCCGGCGUCGACAGCAUGAUCAUCCCUGCCAACCAGACGGUGCUGCUGCACGACCUGACGGGCGCUGCCUUCAAGACCAGCGGCAACCUGGCCAUCGCGGACGCGGACUCGCCCGCCGCGCCGGUCGCCGUACUCUCUGCGCCGCUGUCCGUCUCAAAGCCCUGCGGCGGCAGCCCCGCUGCAGUGGACGUGGUGCUUGACGCCGGCCUGUCUUACGACCCCUCUGGGCGCCCCCUCAGCACGAUCAUUUGGAACCUGGCGGAGGGCGCCAGCGCCCCCAUCGCCGCUGCCAUCGCGGCGGUGAACGCGCGCCUCGGCGACGGCACCAACAAGACCCGCCUCGUCAUCCCCGCCGACGCCGUGUCCAACGUGAGCGUGGGCACCUACGUCAUCUCCGCCGCCGCCCGCAGCGCCUUCUCCCCCGCCACCGUCGGCGCGAGCGCGACCCUCAAGAUCACCGCGGCUGGCAAGGCCCCGAUCAUCAGCGUGGUGGGCCCCACGGUGGACAGGCCCUUCCUCAUCCGCGACGGCUUCAAGGUGUCCAGCACGCUGGUGCCCGAAUCGGUCUGCCCCGGGAAGGAGGUGAGCUACCUGUGGAACGGACUGGACGACGCCGGUCAGCCCUGGUCCUCAGUCCGCAACUACACCCAGAAGACGCUCGUCGUGCCCGGCCCCGUGGCGGACGUCUCCCCCGACCAGCGCCGCACGCUGCAGCUGACGGCGGCGAUCGUCGGGGACGAGGCGUUCGCGGCGGUCGCGGCGGUGACGCUCAGGGCGCAGGCGUCGCCGCUGGUGGCGGCGGUCAGGGGGCCGAGCGACUUCAAGGGGACGGCCACCAUUGUCGUCAGCGCCGCCGGCUCCUACGACCCUGAUGACCCCCGCGGCGUGAACCCCCUGGCUUUUGAUUGGUUGUGUCAGCGCGACGACGGCAAGCCCUGCUUCGGCGCCGCGGGCCGCGGCAACGUCAACGGCGCCACCUGGACGAUCCCCGCCGGCACCCUGGAGACGGGCGCGGCCCACACCUUCAGCGUCACCGUGUCAAAGGGCUCCCGCUCCGCGACCGCCACCCUGGCCGGCGUCAAGCCCCGCCCCGCCAGCGUCCCCACCGCGUCCCUCUCCCGCGCCUGCGCCGGCCCCUGCCCGCCCAAGCACUCCGCCAGCCAGCCCCUGAGCCUCGUGCUGGCGCUGCCGGCCGCGUUCAGCGACGCGGUGGUCUCGUGGAAGCUCAACGGUCAGCCUGUCGCCGGCGAGGUCCUGCCCUCCAUCACCAUCCCCGCCGUGUCGCUGCCCGCCACCGGCGAUGACGUCACCGUCUCCGCCGACAUCACGUUGGACGGCCAGACCGGCACCGCGGCCGUGGCCGUGCCGAUCAACAAGGCGCCCUACUGCAAGUCGGCCGCCUCGGACGGCUGCCUCUCUGUCGUCAUCAAGAGCGCCACCUUCCCCACGGCCGAGUUCGUGGCGUCAGUGCCCACUGCCAACGUCGCCGAUGACGACGGCGACGUGCAGGCUCUGACCUACCAGUGGGGCGUCCGCGCCGCCGGCAAGGACCGGCCGCUGCUCAUCGACCGCGCGGCGUCCUUCCGGUUCACGGCGCUGCCCGUCGGCGCGACAGAGAUAUACGUGCGCGUGUCGGACGCGCAGGGUGCGGCGUUUGAGACUGGGGCCGUCGUGCUGGUCAAUGCGCCUGCCGCGAGCUUCGACGCGGGCGCGGCCAUCGCCAGCGUCGACACCUCCCAGGCCAUCGCCACCGGCGACCCGGCCGCCAUCAACGGCGCCGCCCGCUCGGUGGCCCAGCUCGCCGCCUUCGGCCCCCCGGCGGACGCCUCCGCUGCAGACCGCGCCGCAUUCAGCGCCGCCGUCGACACCCGCGCCGCGGCGCUGCUGUCAGCCAGCGGGGACGCGGUCGACUCGUCAGACCCCCAGGCGGCGCAGACGGCGGCGGCAAGCGCGGCGGAGGUGCUCGGGGCGAUGACCAACGUCACGGACGCGGCCAAGGCGGCCGCGCUGAAGAUCUGCGGAGCACUGGUCGAGUCGGCGCUGCUGGCCGGCCAGGCCAUGCCGCCGAGCGCGGUGUCUGCCGCGGCCUCCCUCAUCGAGGCCGGCGGCCCCGUGGCCAACCUGCCCGCCGAAAACUGGCGCACCGCCGCCCAGAUCAGCAUCGAUGAGGUGGCCCAGAAGGCAGCUGCUGGGAAGCUGCGCGGCCUGCUGGAUGCCCUGGCGCAGGUGGUGGACCUGCUGGCUCAGGGCGCCAACCCCGCGGACGGCGUGCUCACAGCAAGCAGCGACGGCAUCUUCCUCUCCGCAGCCAACCAGCCCGGCCGCGCCCUCAACGGCAUGGACGUGGCAGCCGGCGCCGCCCAGGUCGCCUUUGUGGGGCCCUUCGUGGCACCCUGCACCAGCGUCAAUGACAGCGGGGUGGAGGUGACCGCGCCUUGCGAGGACGGCGUCCUGGCGGUCACGGCGCAGUUCCACCAGGACUCCUCGCUCUUCACAGACGUCCGCACCAAGGCCGGGCUGGGCAUCUUGGUCGCCGGCGACACAACCACCACCGUCCCUUCUGGCGCCAUCGUGCUAUCCGCCUCCGGCCAGGACCCCACCACCGCCGCCCUCCCCUGCGCCGCCGGCGCGACCUGCUCAGCCGCCAUCAAGCUGCCGUUGCCCGCGCCGGUGGCGGCCGCCGCGCGCCGCCUGCUGGCGCAGGGCUCCGGCGUCGAUUACACCUGCAUCCGCCUGGCUUCCAACACCCAGUUCCAGGCCGAGCCGUCAACCUCGGCCGUGGUUGAUACAACCUCCGGCUCUCCGACCGUCACCUGCACCGUCACCCGCGCCGGCACCUACCUCAUCGCUGCGACGCCGGUCGCGCCGCCGCCGUCGGCGUCCCCGUCCCCGUCGCCCGGCACCGGCGGCGCCGGCGGCGACGGCGGCGGCGCCGGCGGGGCCGUGGACCAGACUGGGGAGACGGCGUAUGACGUUCCGGCCAGCACGCAGCCGUACGCUUUUGACCUGCGGUUUGUGGGUAUGGACUAUGCUGAGAUCAUGGCAAACACAGUGGAGCGCCUGCAGUUCAGGUCAGACCUUGUGGCGGUCGUUGCGGCUGCAACUGACAUCCCCCGCAGCAGCAUCCAGGUUGGCGCCCUGACAGAGGGGUCAGUGAGGGCCACGGUGACGUUCCACGUGCCACGGGACUGGACCCCCGCCCAGGUCAACGCCCUGGUCAACGCCAUCACUACCAACCCUGAUGCUCUUUUCGAUGACAACUUCAGGGCCACUUACGGCUUCACAGGGGUGGAGGCCGCCCUCAGCGCGGCGACCCCCGCGCCUGCCGCCGCCGCGGGCGCCGGCAGCCUGACGCCCGGUGCGCAGGCCGGCAUCGCGAUCGGCGUCAUCGUCUUUGCGCUGGCUGUCGCCGGCGGGGCGCUGCUCUACUGGCGGCGCCGCCGCAUGGCCGCGCGUGCGCUGCCGGGGGAGUUUGACUCUGUUGGCGCUGCCUACGUGGCCCCCGAGGACGGCGCCAUCGUCUGA